AUGGUUUGCCCCUCGACUCUUGCCUCCGGGCUGGGCGCAGUUGGUGCCGCUGCCGGCGCUGCCAACACUUCUGCUCCUCCUCGAUAUGCCCUCUACUUUGACCAGUAUCACACCACAGUCCUGCCCAACAAGACGCUGACUGCCGGCAUCACUCAUGUCAUCACCGCCUUUGCCAACUCGUCUCUCUUCACCACAGAUCCCGUUGGCACCUACACCCCCUUCAUGAACAUCUCCGACGUCCGCCCUAUGUUCGACAAUGGAACCAAGGUCUGCCUGGCUAUUGGAGGUUGGGGCGAUACCGAGGGCUUCCGUAAGGGCCUUGCCACUGAGGAGUCUCGCUCCCUCUACGCCAGCAACAUUGCAUCCACCAUGGAUACUCACGGCUUCGACUGCAUCGACAUCGACUACGAGUACCCUGCUGGCAACGGCUACGACUACAAGCAGGUCCCCAACUCGGACCUCGUCUCCGAGAUCGAGACCUUCCCUCAGCUGCUCAGCUCUAUCAAGGAGGCCAUUGGUGGCCGGGAGCUGUCCAUUGCCGUGCCCGGCCUCGAGCGCGACAUGAUCGCCUACACUGCCGAGUCCGUUCCUCUGAUCAACGAGGCUGUUGACGUCGUCAACGUCAUGAGCUACGACCUGCUCAACCGCCGCGACAACUUCACAAAGCACCACACUGACAUCCAGGGCUCCCUCAACGCUGUCCAGGCCUACCUCGACCGCGGUUUCCCUCCCUCCAAGCUGAACCUCGGAAUUGCCUUCUACGCCAAGUACUUCACUCUCGCCGCCAACACCACCUGCACCCAGCCCAUCGGCUGCCCUCUUGCCCUGGCUGAGGACGCCCAAGGCCAGGACACCGGCACUUCUGGCGCCGCCACCUUCGAGGCCACCUCCUUCCCCGUCGAGGUCGACCCCAGCACCCUGACCACCUCCACCGACGGAUCUUGCGGCACCGGCACCCUGUUCCAGUGCACUGGUACCGCUACUGGUGGUGCCUGCUGCUCCCAGUACGGGUUCUGCGGUGACACCACCGCCCACUGCUCCACCGGCUGCCAGAGCUCGUACGGAACCUGCACCGAUGGCGACAAGAAGACCACCGCCCAGUCCUUCGCUGAGGCCGUCGCCAACGGCACCACUGACACCGAGAACGGCGGCCAGUGGUACGUCGACUCCGAGGCUGGUCUCUUCUGGACCUUUGACACCCCCGAGCUGGUCACCCAGAAGUUCACCGACAUCAUCGCCGCCAAGGGCCUGGGUGGUAUCAUGGCUUGGUCUCUUGCUGAGGACAGCAACGACUGGUCCCUCCUCAAGGCCAUGCAGGAUGGCGUCAAGAGCCUGACUGCCAGCGCCAGCACUGAGCAGACCAAGAAGAUCCGCCGCAGACGCUACUAG